AACCAUCAGCCUGAGCACUUCAGUCCUCUGAAAGAGACAACAGGCUACUACAGGAUGGCUCUCGAACGUCAAGUGCGCGCCAAGAUCGCUGCAAAGCGUAAUCCAGAACAGGAGAAGGAGGCUCAAGAAUGGAUUGAGAGCAUUCUGGGCAAGAAGUUUCCUCCUGGUGAGGCAUUCGACGAUGUUCUGAAGGACGGACAGGUCCUUUGUGAACUGAUGAACAAAAUUUCCCCUGGAUCUGUCCCCAAGAUCAACUCCUCCGGCGGUCAAUUCAAAAUGAUGGAGAACAUCAACAUGUUCCAGAAAGCUCUGAAGGAUUACGGAGUGGACGAUGUUGACGUGUUCCAAACGGUCGAUUUGUGGGAGAAGAAGGACAUGGCGCAGGUUGUGACGACUCUCUUCGCUCUUGGUCGUACGACAUACAAGCACCCAGAAUGGAAAGGACCAUACCUGGGCCCCAAGCCAGCAGAAGAGUGCAAACGCGAGUUCACCGAGGAACAACUUCGCGCUGGAGAGUCGGUGAUCGGUCUCCAGGCUGGUUCCAACAAGGGUGCCACCCAAUCUGGCCAGAGCAUCGGUGCCACUCGCAAGAUCCUCCUUGGCAAAUAAACCAAAUGAACCAUCUCUCAUCGAGAACUCUCGUUUAGCCUACCAAAAAAGAAAAAAAGAAAAAAGAAAAGCGAAAGA